AUGCAGCGGUGCCAGGCUGGAGAGCCGCGGGUUCUCCAUGGGUCUCUGCGCUUCCCUAAAAGCAUAAUCGCAGGUAUGACUGGGCCGUGCUUUGUCGCACAUCGCUUGGCGCUUCUCCAGCGAAGGUGUCCGCCGGCUGUUCCAAAAGCGCUUCUCCUCAAGUUUAUCUCCAAACACGCCCGCGGCACCCGCGACCCCGCCGGGACGCCGAGGGGCGCAGGGCUGGGAAAGGCGGCGCCCCCCGAAGGCCGCGGCCCCUUCCCGGCCCCUCAGGGCCCUGCCGCGCCCCGGGGGAGAGGAGGGGGCGGCCGCGGGGGGUGGUGCCCCCCCGGGCAGGGCAGGGCAGGGCAGCGUCCCGCCCCUGCCGGCACACACAAAGGCAGCGGCGGCGAGCGGCAGAUACGGAUUUUAAGUUUACCCUGCCAUCACGUUCUGACAUUUUCAAAAUGCCAUCUUCGGACAGCGUUCAAGACUAUACCCAACCGGCACAGGAGAUUCCACACAUUGGCUGAUGAAUUACACAUGCCUUCCCUGCCAGAGAUGAUGUUUGGAGACAAUAUCCUAAGAAUACAGCACGAUCGUGGUUUUGGAAUUGAGUUCAAUGCAACAGAUGCUUUAAAAUGUGUCAAUAAUUGUCAAGGUAUGAUCAAAGUGGCUUGUGCAGAGGAGUGGCAAGAGAGCAGGAGCGAGACUGAGCACACUAAGGAAGUUGUCAAGCCAUAUGAUUGGACUUACACAACAGACUACAAAGGAACAUUGCUGGGAGAUACCGCAACAUUAAAGGUUGUUCCUACAACAGAACACAUAAAUACAGAGAAAUUGAAAGCCAGGGAGCAAAUUAUGUUUUUUGAAGAAGUACUUCUGUUUGAAGACGAACUUCAUGAUCAUGGAGUAUCAAGUCUGAGUGUAAAAAUAAGAGUUAUGCCUUCCAGCUUUUUUGUGCUGUUGAGGUUUUUCUUGCGAGUUGAUGGGGUGCUUAUCAGGAUGAAUGAUACAAGGCUUCAUCACGAGGCUGACAAGGCCUACAUGUUGCGAGAAUAUACAUCCAGAGAAAGCAAAAUAUCAAGUUUAAAGGAUGUUCCACCUUCACUGUUCACGGAACCUAACGAGAUCUCUCAGUAUCUACCCAUAAAGGAGACAAUUUGUGAAAAACUAGAAUUCCCAGAGAAGUUGGAGCCUAAACCAGCAGCAGCACUGGAAACCAUGUCUGUUAAGUCUAAAUAAAUGUGACUUUAUAUGGACUUGAAUCAUGUAACCAUUGCCAUGGGGGAUAAUGUGAUCAUGUAACCAUUGCCAUGGGGGGUGGUUUCACUACUAGUGGAAUAAAGAAUUUGGCUAAUUUUUCUGUAGCCCUAAGAGAAAACAUUUCAAUCAGGUUUUGCUAAUGGUGUUUUUUUGUGUUUGUUUUUAACCUGUAUCUGGAGUUAAUGAUAGUCUGAUGGUGAGUUACAGUUUUCAAUGGCACUGGAGAAAGAAUCUCACGAUUAAAAGUCUAGGUUCUGUUUAGUUCACCAAUUAGGCAGGAGUAUUGUCUGGAUACCCUCCACCACAAACACUUCUAUGAAGAUUUUGUUAUUGCUGUUCAGAUACUAAGAGACUAGUGGAGUCAUAACACUGGCAUGAUUUUAUUGAGAAAUUGUCCAUGGUGUAAAAAAAAAAAAAAAAAAAAAAAAUCCUCUGCAUUUAUUUUGCGUACACAUGUUGCUUGGCUUCCCCUACUGUGAGCUGAUAACCAACUAAGUUACUUUUUGGAGUCUCUGAUCCAGACUCUAACUUAAGAUCAUUCUUGCUUCAUCUGAAGGUAGAUUUAAGGAGGAAAAGAAAAAAUAAUUGCAAUUGUUUGACACUAUAUAAAGGUAAAAUUACCUUAUUUGUGAGGCAAUAACUCCAGAGCAGGAUUAAACCUGGAGGCUAACAGAGGCACACACUGAUAGCUAUGUCUCUUCACAAAUACUAAUCUGAUGUCAGCCAGAUUUCUCUGAGCAGCUCUGGAGACCAUUGCUUGUGGUCUGUAUGCUGCUACAGUCACAUAAUCUUGCAAAUGCAUUGUACUGCAUUGCCCUCCUGUUGGACAUCGCGGAUGAUGCCCAUGUAUGAUGGUUGUACUGCCCUGACGGUCAAAUUGCUACAUAGAAGUGUCGCUUAAGGCUGGGGAAGAGAGGGGUGUUUAGUCUCUUAAUCCCUAAAGGAUGCUGGUAUUUGCAGUUUGAGGAACAAGAUCCUAUAUACCAUUAAAAGGUUGCUAACAUAUUCCAGAUACAUCAUCUUGGUUUAUUUUUAAAAUUUGUUAAGUUCUGGUAUUAAUAGAAGUGAUCUAUAGUCAUCUAUGUAUAGUUAUGGUUUUAACUCAACACUUUGUAGAUUAAACUUCAAAUAUUUAUAUUGAUUUUGGAAAUCCUAAAUUAAUGGUUUGGCCUAAGUGAGGGAGCUAAACAGACUUGUCUAGGUUUACUGCUCAUGCUCAGUGAAGUGCAAGAACCAAAGGACUGUAGCGAAAAGUAGGCCUUGUGGUUUAAGGUGAUAGCAGAUAAGAAUGUGUACACAUUCUGAUGUCUUGAAUUUUUGUUUUGAAGUCUUCAUAUUCUACACUGCAUGGCUUAAUAGAAACAACCCACCUCAAAACCUGGUAUUUAACCAGGUCUUUUGAGAAAUGGUUUUCACUUGGAGAAGAGCCUGAGGUUUUUAGAAAAAAGUGUACUGCCAUCUGAGUGACUGGUUUCUUAAUUAAAAACAAACACUACACUCUUUCACUUUUAUUUGAGGCAGCCUGGUGUAAUGAAUUAAUCAUAAGAUUGUAGGGCAGCUUUUCCUAUGUCACUGACUUACUCAGACCACAAGGAAGUCACUUCUCUGUGCCUCAGUUCCCUGUAUGUAAAAAUUAGAGUUAAUACAUGCCUACCUCACUGAGGGUCUGUGAGGAUUAUUUUGUAAAACAUUAUUGAUUAGAAUAUCUUUCUUUGGUUGUUUUUUUUUCCUGACUACACCUGCAGCCUUAUCUUUGGAAUCCUUUGGAAGGGAUUACUGCAAAAAAAUCCUAUGACUCAUGGGAUCAGAUGAGUGAAGAGAACUGAAAUUAAACACUCUCUGAAAGAAUUUAUUAUCAGCCAGACAUGAUCUGGGUAAGCAAAUUUACAGCCACUUUGAAUUAGAGGUGAGGUCCUCUAUUCCCCUUUACAGUCCUGAAUUCUGUUGGCUUUUUUCAUCUUCCUUCCUGCACUUCUUCCCUAAAGAUUUUAGUGUCAGGAUGAAGAAGGGGCUGCGAAUGAUUACAGCAUGGAAGUGAUCAAAUUUAAUUUGGUAACAGAAAAUUAUUUAGGUCCACUCCAGUGAUAGAGGGAUAUGGGGAGAGAGUGAAAAGGAAGGGAACAACGAAUGGGGGGUGAAGAGAAGCCAGUCAUGGCAUUUCUUUUACUCUGAGCAUAUAUUCUUUUAAAUGCCUUAAAGGCUUACAAAAACACACUUUAAGCUGGUAGUGAUUGAGAGGAGAGCUGAUGUAGUGCUAGCAUGAACCUAUAUCUGCAUUCAUUAAUUACAGUUGUGAUUUCAGUUUGGUCAGUGAUGCUGAUAACAUUCAGUGAUGCUAAUAACAUUGAGCUCCAUUGGGCUAAAGUAUAGUUGGGGGGGAACUGGCAGCAUGGACACCUACGGUUGAGAAGGUGCUCUGCAUGUUUAGCUUAUACUGUGUAUUUUAUCUUGUCCAUCACACACACUGAUCUGUGACCUGUUGAUACAGUUGUCUUGAAUGGACUUGAAUCCUGACUCUAUAGCUAUGUGAUACCCAUCUGUUGUGGGUGCUCUGUGUUUCAGUAGAACACGUGUUGGGGGAAUCACAAGAGUGUGUUUAGGAAGUUACAGUUACUACAAAGUAAAACGUGGAGCACUUUGUGACUCUCUCACACCACACGUUACCAAGAAGCAGCAGCAUAAACCGGUACACCGUAAGCUCUCUGGUACAAAUUUUCCACAGAAAAGUACCACUACAGAUAACGUAACUUGAGGGGGAGGGAGUGGGGUGAUUCUCCAGCUGUUUUGUGGCAAGUUUAACAUGUGACAAUUUAUAUUCUUUCCUGUAUGUCGCUAAAUAAAACGUACCAAACAUUU